UCCUGUCACUCCCGAGCGAGCAGCAGAGUGUGCGGCUGCAGGAACGGAGCGAUGCCCAAAUCAAAGGAACUUGUUUCUUCAAGCUCAUCUGGGAGUGAUUCUGACAGUGAAAUUGACAAAAAGGCAAAGAGGAAAAAGCAAGCUCUUCCAGAAAAACCCAUAAAAAAACAAAAGACAGGAGAGAGUUCUAAAUCACCAGCUUCAUCCAAGCAAAGCAGCAGCCGAGAUGAUCAUAUGUUCCAGAUUGGAAAAAUGAGAUAUGUCAGUGUACGGGACUUUAAAGGAAAAGUCCUAAUUGAUAUUAGAGAAUACUGGAUGGAUCAGGAAGGCGAAAUGAAACCUGGUAGAAAAGGUAUUUCUUUAAAUCCAGAACAAUGGAGCCAGCUGAAGGAACAGAUUUCUGAUAUUGAUGAUGCAGUAAGAAAACUGUAAAAUCAGAGCCAUAUGAAACCUGUACUGUUUUAGUUGUUUUAAUCAGUCUUUUUACAUUGGCUUUUGUUUUCUAAACUAUUUGUUUUCCAAGCUAUUGUAUAUUUGGAUUGCAAAACAAUUUGUAAGACAAAUCCUUUUUUUUUAAAUGUGCAUUAAAAGUGUAUUCUGAGUGAAGCUAAUUGUCUAUACUUUAUUAAAAAGGAAUGCUUUGCAUCCACCACCUGGUGUAAAAUAAAAUCAAGUAAUAAAAUCUAA